AUGACAUCUUUAACACAACCUACUUUGAAAUUUCAAAAUGAUUUGAGUAAAUUGCUCGAUGACGAAAGAUUUUUUGAUAUUUCAUUAAAAUGUUCAGAUAACGUUGUUUUACGCGCGUGUAAAAACAUUAUAUGUAUUCGUUCUGAAGUACUCAAUGAUUAUAUUUUCAAUAAACAAAAAAAAAAUAACAAUCAAAUCGAAUUUGAUAAAAUUAAUUCAACCGCGAUGAGAUAUAUCUUGGAAUAUUUAUAUACAGAUAAGAAUGAACGUGAAGAAUUAUCAGUUGAUAAUGUCAUAGAAAUUUAUUAUUCGGCAACUUAUUUUGAAUUAGAUGACCUUAAAGAUGAAAUCAUUGAAUUUACUAAGAAAUUAUUGGAAGAUGGUGAUGAAGAUUUAGGUAAAAUCCUUUUAUCCGAUUGUAUUGGAAAAUUUUCCCUAAAAACAGAUAACUUUAUGACUCAACUUUUGGUCGAUUGGGUGUCUAAGAUUCAAUUGUUUCCUAAUGAUGCCGAAAAAGAUUCAUUAUCAUUGUUAGGGUUGGAAUACCUUUUAGCUAAAACCUUUGAUACGGAAAAGUCUUUUGCUACUUAUGAACUUGAGAUUUUCGAAUAUUGCAGCAACAAGUCAAAGCAAAUUCUAUCAGAAGGGAAAAAGUUGGAUUUGAAGAUGGGGCCAUAUGAUUUUAAUUAUGAAUCCAGUAAAAUUCAAAAAAUUAUGACUGGCUUCGCACCAUUACUUAAUUUUAUUGAUUUAAAUAGAAUAAAUCACGAAGAUAUUGUUAAAAAAAUCGAACCUUUAAAUAUAUUUCCUCCAGAAAUAAUUACAAAUGCUUAUCGGUACAAGCUCGAAAGGAUACAUGAAGUUUCACGACCUAUCCGUGGAUAUUUAAUCUUUAAAUGGAAGAACUUUGAUAACGAAAUUUGGCAAUUUGAAAACAAAUUGAACAUAACUAAAAAUGGAUUUACCUUGGAAGCUGAUCCAAAUCUGAAAUCAUAUAAAUCAAUUAUGGGAAAUAUAAUUAUUAAGGGCAAGGGAUAUCAUAAAUGGGAUAUUUUAAUUGAAAAUCUAACCGAUCUUAUUUAUAUUGGAAUAUGUGAAACUAAUAGCCAAUUUAAUAAACCUUAUACUAAAGGUUUUCGCGGCUGGGCUCUUGGUUCUGAUGGGUAUGUUUAUAAUGAGAAAACCUGUAAAUGGAAUAAUGCUAAAUUUAAGGAAAAUGAUCUUGUUAGCGUUAUUGUUAAUAUGAAUACUAAACAUUGUUAUUUCGCUGUGAAUGGUACUAUUCAUUAUGAUGUUAUUGGCGAUUCUUUUCCUGAUCAAGUUUAUCCUUUUGUUUCAUUAAAAAAAGGUAGUAAGUUACGUGUACAAUCAUAUUGA